GCCAGCCUUUUGUAAUGGAAGAGAAUCAUGGAGGAUCAAGGUCCGUGUUGUUAGGAUGUGGGAGAUGUGCCCAAUUUCUGAGCCAGGGAAGCCCUUUGCUGUCCAGAUGGUGUUAAUUGAUGCUGAGGGCCAGAGAAUUGAGGCCACUAUCAGGAAAUCGCUCAUAAAGAAGUUGUUUGGUGAGAUUGUUGAAGGAAACAUAUACAGGAUAACCUAUUUUGCUGUGGUUCCUAAUCUUGGAGUUUACAAGGCUGCUCGACAUGAAUUCAAGAUCAUCUUUAAUAGCAGGACAAAGAUAGUGCCUGAAGAAUCCAAUCUCAUUCCUUUGUAUGGAUUUGCCUUUAUGAACUCAGCUGAAAUUUCUGACACCAUGGGUGAAUCUGAACAUCUCAUUGAUGUGAUAGGAUUGGUUACUGCAGUUUCCCGUGAGAAACAAUAUACCAAAGGUGCAAAUAUUACAAGGAUGAUUGAGCUCCAGCUGACUGAUCAUAGGGGAAGUGUCCAAUGUACCUUUUUUGGAAGCUAUGUUGAUGUUAUUACUCAUCAUGUUCGAGAGAAUGGACAAGCUAUGCCGGUGGUUGUUAUCCAGUUUGCUAAGAUCAAGACUUUCAAAGGAAAUGUUGUGAUUCAGAAUGUUAUGCAUGCUACAAGGAUUAUGUGGAAUCAUGAAAUUCCAGAGGUUGUUGAUUUCCGCAACAGCAUUGCUCUCCAUGGGAUUGAUCCUGAUCUUCCCCUCACUGAGAUUGAGGAUGAUGUGCGCGUCUUAACAAUUGAAGAAGAAUUUCUUACAUUGUUCCCUAGGAAAAAAAUCCAAGAAGUGCAUGAAACUGCUGAGGCUGGGGUGUUUGUGGUGUAUGCUAAGAUUGCUGGACUGGUUGAUGGUGAGAAAUGGUGGUAUUCAGCAUGUCGCUGCCACCGUUCUGUGUCUGUUGAAGAUGGCACAUACUAUUGCCCUGGAUGUGACAGCAUUUUUAGGGUCAAGGUAGAGGUGUCUGAUGGAGAAGAGGAUGCAAGUUUUGUCAUGUUUGACACUGACUGCCAGAAUGUGCUCAUGAAAACAUGCAAGGAGUUAGUUAUUGGUUCAAAGGUAAAAAGUAAUUCUGAGUUGCCUCAAGUCCUGAAGACACUGAUUGGGGAAAGAGUUCCUCUUCAAAAUUGA